GUGUUUCACUAUGGCGAAGGAAUAAACAAACAGAGCGAGAUGGGUAGGAAAGCAGCGGUAACGUUGAACACACAAUCUCUCCGUCUGUGACUAACACCAGUUACAAAAAUAGUCCAGAGACUGGUGUGUGUAUGAGGCUUUUCGGCAGGGUGUGCACACGGUUUUUUUUUUUUGUAUUUGUGUGUAUGUAUGUGGUCGGGACACGGAUGCUGUCAGUGCGAAUAGCGAUGAAAAGAGCGAAAAUAGUUUGUACACUGAACGCCUCAGUUGAAGCAGCCGGUGAUACGGGCGAACCGUUACUGGACUCCGGACCGUUUCCAGGGCAACGCUGACCGAACGACCUUUUAGCUCAUAAUUUAACAUUUUCUCAUUAUAAUUCGCCUCGUAUUAUCUUUCCCCCUCAUCUUUAAGUCGAAUAAAGCUGUCGGGAACAAUGUUGACAGGAUCUAAAACAACGUUCAAAGUGAGACAAAUGCUUCCUGAUAUCAAGGAGAGGAUGCUCAGUCAGAGCGGGGUAAACGCAAGGAGUCGAGAUGUGUUCGGGCUGCGCUGUCUACCAGGCGAGUGUGUGCUUCAGAGAGCGGUCAUGGUGAGGAAGAAGUUGUCUGCCAGGGAAGGAAGAGGUUGGGUGUCUGGGACCCUCUUCUGUACCCACUUCAGAGUGGCCUUCGUACCCCAGGACAGUCCCAAACCUGACGACAAUGCAGACCCAGUGCUUUUAGGGGAUCAUGAUGUGGCUUUGGCGUCCAUAGAGAAGGUUGUGGUUGUGGGCCCGAACAGGACCAAGCUUGUAACACCAAACUCCUCUCUGAAGUUCACUCCGGAGGAGCUGGUGCUUUACUGCAGGGACCUGCGAGUCAUCUGCUUCCUGUUUGACCGCCUCACUCCUGACCCACAAGUCCUCGAGAUAACCUACACCAUCGCCAAGACCUACCAGCCUCUCAAACCAGGGUCAGUGUUAUCUUUCCAGAACGCCGCUCUGGGGAGUGUAGAAAUGAAGCAGUUUCUAAGCAACCGUCCUCGAAAUGCCCGCAUGAACUGGUAUGAGUCUGUCUCAGACUGGGAGCAAGAGCUGGAGCGGUGCGGGGCCACGGGGUGGAGGGUCAGCUCAGUCAAUGACCGCUUUGAGAUGUCCACCAGCUUGUCACGGUUCAUCGUGGUUCCACAGAAGGUUUUAGACACCGAGCUGAAGAAAAGCUUCGCCCACUUCAACGAAGGACGCAUCCCUCGCUGGUGUUGGCGGCACCCUCGAGGCAGCGAUCUGCUGCGAAUGGCCAGCUUCCAGAACAACAUCUACCAUGAGAAAGACGACAUUAGAAACCUGGAGCUGAUCCUGUUUGGUUGUCAGUCCUCUCUGUGUGUGGUGGUGGAGCUUGGCGAGGAGUUGCCCUCACCUGCAGAUAUCCAGCUGGCACACAGCCGCCUGCGGGCCCUCUGUCUGGGAGACAUCUCCACAUCUGUGUCUGUGCCUGAUGACAAAUGGUUAUCUACCCUGGAGAGCACCCACUGGCUGGACUACACCAGGUCCUGUCUGAGGAAAGCUUCAGAGGUAGCUUGCCUGCUACGCGGCGGCCACCUGACUGUUGCUCUGCAAGAGGCAGACGACCGGGACAUGAGUUGUGUGAUUUCCAGCCUGGUGCAGGUGAUGUGUGACCCCCACUGUCGGACCCAGCAUGGUUUCCAGAGUCUGGUGCAGAAAGAGUGGAUAAUGGCCGGCCAUCGCUUCAACAGCCGAAUAAACUAUCACCGGGACAAUGACAAGGAGGAGGCUCCAGUCUUCCUGCUCUUCCUGGACUGUGUUUGGCAGCUGCUGUCCCAGUAUCCCUCUCGCUUCCAGCUGACAGGCGACUUCCUGCUGGCCUUGCACGACAGCGUCCACCUGCCACUCUUCUCCAGCUUCCUGGCCAACUGCCAGCGAGAGAGAUGCAAACGCUCCCAGAACCUUGGGCAGUCUUACACACCCGUCAAUGGCUGGAGAGACGUGCUUCAUCCGGAUUCUUCCUCAGAUCCAUCUGACCCCCCUCUCCCCCCGGUCUGGGACUGGGCCCUUCAGUACAGCAAGUCAAGACGAGACCGCUUCACCCAACCCGUCCCCCCGAUCCCUCCCCUCCAGCCGCUGCUCAACGGCAACCUCAACACCAACCCAGACACACACAGGCUGACUGACACCAUCCCCGGCUCAGUCUUCCUCCUCUCUCGAGGAACCUUCUCCUGCCCCGCUAACCUGCUCCCCUGGCGCAGCAGCGGCAGUUCAGGCGUUUACAAGAAGAGCCACCGGAGGGCGGCGUCCUCUGAGAAUGUGCCCGGCCUGGAGAGGCUCCUCAAAGCUUGGGCCCUCGCUGACAUUCCUUCAGGUUUUCCCUCCACCUCCAGACCUCAAGGGCCACUCGACCCCUAUGAGCCCCUCUUGCCUCUCCUCAUGGGGCCCUGCAUGGGCCUGUGGAGGGAGUGCUACCUCCGGGGGGCGCUCCAUGCACAGGCCUUCUCUCACCCCAUCUCUGCAAACCACCUCCACCCUGUGGAGCGGCUGGCCCGGGAGGUGCAGCAGCUCAAGGACAAACUAGCUGAAGUCUCCACCUGCACAGAUUCAAACCCAACCACCAAGAUGAACAAUCCCAGACGGACCGACACCAACCUGAACCAAAACACCAACAACGGCACCUUCCUCUUCCCAGCACCACGGCCUCAGAGCGCCACCAUGCCCAGAUCGGCGCCCCCUCUUACCUCCACCAACCACCACACCUCCAGGGGCGCGCCCCCCUCCUCAGCUCCACCAUCGAGCAACAAGCACACCUUUCUGUUCGGGCACACUGCAGUUACAGAGGCCCGGCCUGACCAGCGUCAUUAUCCAGCACCCAACAACGCCAAGCUGCCUAAGAACAACGGGUCCUCUGUGGCUUCCUGAGGCCUGCUCCUCGUCUUAACUCACACAGACCGCUCCAUCCUUUAACCUGGGUACUAUAACUACCCCCGCUGCCUGCACAGUAUGAUGCUUCUGAGGAGAUCCAGCUUCCUAUCAAACAUUUAAAGAGAACUGCAACAGUGUAAAAUAAUCAAGAGCUCUUCACUCUGGUGUUUAUCAUCUGUACUGUAUUUAAAAAUGUGACCCUUGUUUUGUAUAUUUGUAAAGAAAAGUAUUCAAGACAUCACUAAUGAACUAUAUCAAAGACAAAAAGUGAAGGGCUGAAGACGCUUAAAAAUGUCAACCAAGAGAACUCACAUUAUCUCAAAAUGCAGUAGACUCCUUUACGAGACGUCACGUCACCCUUUAGGAUGGAAAGAAAUCCACUUUUAGCUUCUUAUCCAGAGCAGGAAUGGAGCGAUAAAGACAGUGGAGUGUUAAAGUGGGUCUUGAGAGCACUUUGACCUGAAACAUGACGGUGGAUGGACACAUAUCUGCCCUGACUCCUGUGCUCGUCAGGCUUCAUAUCUCAAGAAGACUUUUUUCUAACUGCUACCCUUUAGAUAUUUAUUAAGUCAUGAAAAUGUGCAAAGUGAAAGAUUAUGUUCAUGUUUUUUUUUUGUAUAUCAGCUUCUAAUAGAAAAGUAGAAUAAUGUCUGGAAAGUUAUCGUUUUUGAAAAGCAUCAUUUUUGAACUCGCGGCUCUGUGACCAGUGGCUUUAUUUUCAAAUUUAGGGCAUGAGAGCUAUUUUGGUACCGCACUCAUAUCUCUCCCCACUCGCAUGCAUGAUGGGAGCGGUGAGAGACCUAUAUUCUCUUCAGUUCAGAGUGUUACAUUAGCCUGUUUGUGUCUGAAUGAUCAUUUCAGGGCUUUAGUAUUAUGAAUUUAUCUAAGCUUUCCUCUUUGUUUCAAGUAUUUCUGACCAUUAUUGGUGCGUUUUUCAAUGUCAUACGUGUAGAUAAAUGUGAUUUCUCUGAUCAAUUUUAGUAUUAUUUUGAGCAUUUCCACUUUAUUUAUGGUGGAAUUAAAAGAUAUCCUGCCUGUUUAUUGACGUACCUUGAGAAGGUACCAGAGUUGGAAGCAAAGGGGAAGCUUGUUAUUUUCCUUUAAUCUCGCUCUUAUUUCCCCCCCCCCCCUCCAGCUGGGUGCUGUGUUAGUAUGCAGCCAGCAUUUAGGUCAAGGACUUGGAAGUGUCUGACUGUGUCUAAAACACAAAGGGAAGAAUCUGCUCCUGCGCCUUUAAAUCCACACAGGUCGACGACUCGUAGGCAUGAUGUGGGUGUCAAGUGGAAUGACUGGCAUCGUUCCCAAAAAAGGAUGAAACUGUUAUGAAAUGUGUUUUUUUUUUCUAAAAGUGUGUUCAGGCAGGAAACAGUCGUGAGAUGUUUAGUUUUUUGAAGCUGACCUUCUCUCAUGUCAAAAGGUACCGCACUUGAUAGCACUAUGAAUUAUUAAAUGUUGUAAAUAUUCAUCACAUCAAUAUCGAGGCACAUUGAUGUCACAGCUUUCCGAGAGUGAUGCCAACGCAUUAGCCUAAAAGAAAACACUAGCUCAGUGUUGUCGUGUUCCAUUAAACAUCUAAUCUGAUCUUCCUCUGCACAGUUGCUCUGCGUCGUUGUAUAAUUGAAUGUUUUUGGUACGAACAUUACCUAAUUUGCCAGAUGUACAUAUUUUUUGUAUCAGCAUGUUUGGAUCCUGAUGAAUAAAAAGUGUUACGAGCUCAGAA